UACACGUCACACGCGCCUUCGUUACAGGGUGAAGAUACAGGCAAUGUCACACAGCCCUCCUCAUCAUCACGACUACAAAUUCACCGUAUCUUAUAUACAAAGCAUUUGGGAAAAAUAAUAACCGAAUCGCUCUGACUGCCGUGUAGAGCUCUGUGCUCUUGAAGCUGCUGUCCAGGGUCCUGAACUUCUUCAGCCCAGCUUCACUCUACUACAUGCUAACAGGCAGCUCCUGACAUCUAGUUCCAGCACUCUUUACAUCAGCGCACAACUUUGAACCAUGGAGGAGGGUUACAGAGACCGUACGGCCUUCAUUAAAGGUGCUAAGGACAUUGCCAAAGAGGUCAAAAAGCAAGCAGGUAAAAAGGUGGGCCGCCACAUGGACAGGGUGAGCGACGAAUACAGCAAACGCUCUUAUACCCGCUUCGAAGAGGAAGACGAUGAUGACGAUUACCCCGUGCAGGCCCAGGACGGCAGCUACUACCGCAGCAACAGCAGGGCCAACGACGACGAAGGGGCUCACAGCGACUCCACAGAGGGCCACGAUGAGGAUGAUGAGAUCUACGAGGGCGAGUACCAGGGCAUCCCCAGAAACGACUCCGUUGAGAAGGCCGACAGACAGGUGGGCGGAGUGGGACAGUCUCAGUUCCGGGACAUGACGCAGUACGACGGGGAGAGGAGGAAGGACCAGGAGGAGCUGGCUCAGCAGUAUGAGACCAUCCUGCAGGAGUGUGGCCACGGCCGCUUCCAGUGGACCCUGUACUUUGUGCUGGGUCUGGCCCUCAUGGCUGAUGGCGUGGAGAUCUUCGUGGUGGGCUUCGUACUGCCCAGUGCUGAGAAAGACAUGUGUUUGUCUGAGCCCAACAAAGGGAUGCUGGGUCUAAUUGUGUAUCUGGGUAUGAUGGUGGGUGCCUUUGUGUGGGGAGGUCUGGCUGACAGAAUCGGCCGCAGACAGACUCUUCUUAUCUCUCUCUCCAUCAAUAGUGUCUUUGCUUUCUUCUCCUCCUUUGUCCAAGGAUACAGCUCUUUCCUGUUCUGUCGUCUGCUCUCCGGUGUGGGGAUCGGUGGCUCUAUUCCCAUCGUGUUCUCGUAUUACUCCGAGUUUCUGGCUCAAGAGAAGCGUGGUGAGCACUUGAGCUGGCUCUGCAUGUUCUGGAUGAUUGGAGGCAUCUACGCUGCUGCCAUGGCCUGGGCCAUCAUUCCUCACUAUGGCUGGAGUUUCCAGAUGGGCUCAGCCUACCAGUUUCACAGCUGGCGAGUGUUUGUGCUGGUGUGUGCGUUCCCGGCCGUCGCCGCUAUCGCUGCGCUGACCACCAUGCCAGAGAGCCCACGCUUCUUCCUGGAGAACGGAAAACAUGAUGAAGCAUGGAUGAUUCUGAAGCAGGUCCAUGACACCAACAUGAGGGCCAAGGGCUACCCGGAGAGGGUUUUCUCUGUCACCGCUAUUAAGACGGUGAAACAGAUGGAUGAGCUGGUUGACAUGGGUGGAGAGGCCACAGCCUGGCAUCAGCGCUGGAGGAUCAAGCUGACCAACCUCUUCCAUCAGGUGUGGAGCAACUUCCUGACAGUGUUUAAUCCAGAGUACCGGAGGAUCACCUACAUGAUGAUGGCCGUGUGGUUUUCCAUGUCCUUUAGCUACUAUGGGCUGACUGUUUGGUUCCCUGACAUGAUCAAAUACCUGCAGAAACAAGAGUACUCCUCUCGCACAAAGGUCUUCAUCAAAGAGAAAGUAGAGCAUGUGACCUUUAACUUCACCUUGGAGAACCAGAUCCACCGGAAUGGAGAGUACUUCAACAACAAGUUCUUGAAUCUGAAGAUGAAGUCGAUGGUAUUUGAAGACUCCAUGUUUGAGGAAUGCUACUUUGAGGAUAUCACGUCAAGCACCUUCUUCAAAAACUGCACCUUCAUCUCCACCCUCUUCUACAACACAGACUUGUUCAAGUACCGGCUGAUCAACAGCAAACUCAUCAACAGCACUUUUCUGCAUAACAAAGAGGGCUGUAUGCUGGAUUUCAGCGAUGAGAACAACGCGUACAUGAUCUAUUUCGUCAGCUUCCUCGGCACACUUGCUGUCCUGCCCGGGAACAUCGUGUCUGCCCUGCUCAUGGACAAGAUCGGACGUCUAAGAAUGCUGGCGGGUUCCAGUGUGAUUUCCUGCGUCAGCUGCUUCUUCCUGUCAUUUGGAAACAGUGAAUCUGCUAUGAUUGCCUUGCUCUGUCUGUUUGGGGGCAUCAGCAUUGCGUCGUGGAAUGCCCUGGAUGUGCUAACAGUGGAGCUGUACCCCUCGGACAAGAGAACUACAGCCUUCGGCUUUCUAAACGCCCUCUGUAAGUUAGCUGCAGUUCUGGGCAUCAGCAUCUUCCAGUCGUUUGUGGGCAUCACUAAAGCGGUGCCCAUCCUCUUUGCAUCAGCAGCUUUGGCAGUCGGAAGCUUCUUGGCUCUCAAGCUUCCUGAGACUCGCGGUCAGGUGCUUCAAUAGUGCAGCGUUCCAGCAUGCAGGUGGCGGCGUUUGAGUUUGACCCUGUCCUUGAGUGAGCAAUGCUGGAAGCAGCCCACACAAAUCCAACAUUUACAGAUAUCUUCAUUCCUCCAAUAUGUGCAAUCGUAUUAUUAUUUCAUUCAAUUUAAUUUGAUUUCAUUCAGAUCUACAUUUAUAGACAUGUUCCCUGCUGAUGUCUCACUGUCUCACAGGAAUAUUGGAAACCCUAUGUGUAUGUGUGUAUGUGUGUGUAGAAAAACUGCCAUGUUAAACACAUUCCAGCUUUACGUUAUGGAAUGAAUGUGAAAUUUAACAUGUUCAUUUUGACUUUCCCUUUAAUCUUCAUCCGAGCCAUCACGUGAUUUGAAAACCAUCACUGAGGGCCCGUGAAAUCAGUAGGUAGAUAUAUUUGAAUGGACAGUGUUGAUCUAGUGGUGCUGGUGAUGGUUAUUGUUGUUGCUUUACUCAAGCCCGUUGUGUCCCAAAAACGUAAAAAGUGUGUGAUGCCGCAAUUGUCUGCAAUAUCGGCUCAAGCACUCCUCACUUUUUAGAUGUUUUAAUGCAUUAACACUGACGUCACAUUACUAUAGACAGUGGUUCACUCAUUUUUGGCUUUCGGAAUUCAAAUUCGGUUGUUCUUUCAAAACGUCUGAUUAUUGACGGUGUUGUGCAUGCAAUGAAGUGUGUCGAUUCAUAAGAAUAUGCUUGAAGAUAGUGAACAUAACUGAUGAAAGUGCUCUGUAUUACGCUACUCUACCUAUGAUUCUUUGGACAUGAUGUAAAAUAUGAGAUAAGUGACAUGAUGGGUUGUCAUUUGUAUGGUUUAGUACGCCAUUAUUCAUACUUUGCAUUGUUUUAUGCUACUAUCAUACUUUGUCCCAGAGUUUGUGUUCCUAUUGAGAUCCACAGAGCAGUUUUAGUUGCGUCGCUUUCGAAUGUGCGCCAACAUUGAGACAAACGUUACAUUCGCCCUGUUUUCAUACAAAAAAUCCAUUAAGAAAAAACUAAAGGAAAAAAUGAACAAAUGAAUCACAAUGUGAUUUGAUUAAACUGUCAAAAACAAUAGUUUUAUUUUGAUGAUUAUGUAAAUUAUGUAUUGAAUAUAAAUAUAUAAAAAUUAGCUGUAAUUCAAGUCUGUCUGUUUGAACACUCAAACUAUUAUUAAAUAUACAAACAUAUAUAUAAGAAAAUAUAUUUACAUGUUCAAAUGUUGAACUAGUAUCAACAUAUGUCUUAGAUAGAUUCCAUUUGAUGUAUGUAUAUACAGUUUAUCUGUUCAUUAAGGGAUUUAAUUUUUUUUUUUAUCAAAGCAAAUAUAUAAAAAAAUGACUGAACAAGUCAAUACACUGAUUUGCAGCACACACAAUCGCCCUCCUUCACGUUUUCUCUUGUGUUCUUGUAAAGAAACAGAGGUAUCCGUCUGUGUGUGGGUGUGUGUGUAAGUAUGGAAGUAUGUGUGCUUGCAUGUGAAAUGUUGAGUGUUCUCUGAAUAUUUGUAUUUAUUUAUAUAACUGUUUAUGAGAGUUUGAUUUUAUAGUAUUUUUUACUUUGAGUAUCUGUAGAAACAGAUGUAGUGCCACAUGCAGGGUGAAUUUUUUGCUGUAUCGUUGUUGACCUGAUGUUCAAUUCUUUGGUGACUUGGUAGCAGUGACUGAAUAUAGCAUGAAAAAGAAGCGAAAGUCAAAACCCAAUGGAUUUUAAAAAUAAAGCAACGUUUGAUAGGAAGCAAAAACCUAGGAUAUAUCCCAUUAGGACAAGCAACUUGUCCAAUUCUGCUACAUUUUACCAAGCACAAUUAAUACUAGUUCCAUGGAGAAUCAUGGAAAACUGGUUAAAUAACCAGAUAAUGACGCAAAAAAUAGAUAUAUUUCAGCCCUGUUGCUCGUAAACACAACCAGCGCUUACAUGAAAACCGUUUUUGGUGUCAUUCUCAAAUUCUUUACUGCCAUUUUGUAGGAUAGCAGCCAUAUUAUGUGCUCAGAGUAGACACACAAUACAACCAACCAUUUUUAGAUUUAAAAAUACUUCAACCAAACUAUUAAUUUUAGGCACAAAUGUAACUUUCAAGCUCUUGAAAUGUUUCUAACAGCCUUACAGCCUAUUUCAAUUGGAGAAAGCGGCAUUGCGCAGUGCCAUGUGUCACAUAGUUACAAAAUUCUAGAAACCGCCAUCCCUGCCGUGACCGUCGGUCACCAGUAGUGUCACAGAUACUGUAGUGACAAUCUUUAUGUUUGCCAUGUGUGACCGUGCGCAUCUUUAAUUGCCAAAUAUUUUCUACUUCCUCGGUUUGUACUGGCAGAUCUCACAGCACGGCACAGACAAAAACGUCAUUUGUAAUACAUCGACGUUCUAGCAGGGUGUGGCGA